GUGGAGGGUGUCCCGUAAACCCAGCGGUUGUCUUGAUAUUAUCUGGCCAAAUCCCGACGACUUAAAAUUCAAUCUGGACCGAUUUAAUGGACAAAUAAGGGGUACCAGUGCAUGCCCAGAUACCACAGGAAUGGAUAUCACAAGUCGCUGCACCCUUGGUGACCCCAACAAGCUCCCAGAGGGAGUUCCUCAGCCUGCCAGGAUGCCCUACGUCUCCGACAAGCACCCUCGGCAGACCCUCGAGGUCAUCAACCUGCUCCGCAAGCACCGAGAGCUGUGCGAUGUGGUUUUGGUGGUGGGAGCCAAGAAGAUUUAUGCACACCGUGUGAUCCUGUCCGCCUGCAGCCCCUACUUCAGAGCCAUGUUCACGGGGGAACUGGCCGAGAGCCGACAGACGGAAGUCGUGAUCCGGGAUAUCGAUGAACGAGCCAUGGAGCUGCUCAUCGACUUUGCUUAUACCUCGCAGGUGACUGUGGAGGAGGGAAAUGUGCAGACUUUGCUGCCCGCUGCCUGCUUGUUGCAACUGGCAGAGAUUCAGGAAGCCUGCUGUGAAUUCCUGAAGCGGCAAUUGGACCCCUCGAACUGCUUGGGCAUCAGGGCCUUCGCCGACACUCACUCCUGCAGAGAGCUGCUGCGUAUUGCUGAUAAGUUCACCCAGCAUAACUUUCAGGAGGUGAUGGAGAGUGAAGAGUUCAUGCUGCUGCCAGCCAACCAGCUGAUAGACAUCAUCUCCAGUGAUGAGCUCAAUGUUCGGAGUGAGGAACAGGUGUUUAACGCUGUAAUGGCCUGGGUUAAAUACAGCAUCCAGGAGCGCAGGCCUCAGCUGCCACAGGUUCUACAACAUGUGCGUCUUCCCCUUUUGAGCCCGAAGUUUCUGGUUGGGACGGUGGGUUCAGAUCCUCUGAUCAAGAGUGAUGAGGAGUGUAGGGACUUGGUUGAUGAAGCCAAGAACUACCUACUGCUACCCCAAGAGCGCCCCCUAAUGCAGGGACCUCGAACCCGGCCCAGAAAGCCUAUCCGUUGUGGAGAAGUACUGUUUGCUGUGGGAGGUUGGUGCAGUGGUGAUGCUAUCUCAAGCGUUGAGCGCUACGACCCUCAGACCAAUGAGUGGAGGAUGGUGGCGUCCAUGAGCAAACGGCGCUGUGGAGUUGGUGUCAGUGUUCUGGAUGAUCUGUUGUAUGCAGUUGGCGGACACGACGGCUCAUCUUAUCUCAAUAGUGUGGAGAGGUAUGAUCCUAAGACUAACCAGUGGAGCAGCGACGUCGCCCCUACUAGCACCUGCAGGACCAGUGUGGGUGUUGCUGUAUUAGGAGGGUAUCUGUAUGCCGUGGGAGGUCAGGAUGGUGUUUCCUGUCUCAACAUUGUAGAAAGGUAUGAUCCGAAAGAGAAUAAGUGGACUCGUGUUGCCUCGAUGAGUACCAGGCGGUUGGGUGUAGCUGUAGCUGUAUUAGGAGGUUUUCUUUACGCAGUAGGCGGUUCAGAUGGCACAUCCCCACUAAACACAGUGGAGCGGUAUAACCCUCAAGAGAACCGCUGGCAUACAGUGGCACCCAUGGGUACCCGUCGGAAACACCUGGGCUGUGCCGUAUACCAGGAUAUGAUCUACUCUGUGGGCGGCAGAGAUGAUACCACGGAACUGAGCAGCGCAGAGCGAUACAAUCCCAGAACCAAUCAGUGGUCGCCUGUGGUUGCGAUGACUUCCAGAAGGAGCUGUGGUCCAGGGUCACAUAUUCAAAUCAUAGGUGAUUUUCCAGUCACUGAUUGUUUUUGCUGGGUUUUUUUUCUUUCCCCAAGGCUCUAUGGAGGAAUGAACUACAGGAGGUUGGGAGGUGGCGUUGGUGUAAUAAAAAUGACUCACUGUGAAUCACAUAUAUGGUAACACCUACAGUAUCCAUCUCUCAGAUGCCUCACCAUAGCUCAUGCCUCAUAGAGACAUUGUACAUCAUGCAAGAGGAAAGCCUGUUAAAAACUGAGUAUUGUCUCCAGUUACUGAGAUGGCAAAGGAACCAUCUCCUGAAGCUGCUCUGAGGAGACUCACCUGGCCAGAGAGCAUCACUCCAUUUUGUUUUUACAUUUGGUUUCUCUUUCAUACUUGAGAAUACCCAAAGGCAAUGUUUUGAAGAGAGAAACAGCAGCCGGAAAAGCAUCAGCCAGAGCGUUUGUUUAUCUGGAAGGAACUAGGCUUCUGCCGGUCUGUUUGACUGCAUUGAAGAAUAACUACAGUAACCUGAAACGCACGUCACUGGGGAUGGGUGUGAAUGACGCUCGUUCUUAUGAGCAGAUGUUUCCCUGAUUGAUGUUCUAGUCUGAAUUGGAUGCACUGUGAUAUCUUUACCAUUUCUUUAAGUUUAGGUUUUUAUAAUGAGUUGUACACUGAGCGUUAACUGUUCCUCUGCAUUUUACCAGAUGUAAGCAGAUCAGUUUUUUUUUUUUUCUCUCUCUUUCUUUGGUGUACUGAAAAUGCAGUCCCUCCUGAAACAUUGCAAUCUAAUGAAGGCUGUACAAGAAGAAAAUAAGUUAUUUUUGAAGCAGUCAAAAACAGGUUUGACAUAUUAUCAAUUUGUUUACUUUUAUACAACCGAAUGCAUCAAUGAACCAGUCCAUGCACUUUGAU